AUGGCACCAAGCAAAGAAGAGAGCAAGAAGCGGAGGAACAAGAGGAAGUCGAGGACAGAAGGCAUUUUCUUCUCAUUUGUGCCAUGAAACGACUCUGGCUAAUCUAUUCACAGUUUCAUCACCGUCUUCGUCCGACAGCGAAGCAGAGUCAAAGCCACAGCAGAAUCUCAUCACCGAAGAGCCCGAAGAUUCUGAUAUGAAAGAUGCAAGACCAAAUGAAGAGAUUAGAGUUCCGCAGCAGCGGCGGCUCGAUCCUGAAAAGGCCUUUGAAGAAUUCUAUCUCCGGCAGGUCACCAAGGAAUUUGCAAACGAUCUCGACAAAUUACGCUCUGCAGGCGACUUCAACGAGAAGAGCAUCCCGAUGCUUGUCAGAGCGCUGAAACAGGGGACUUCGUGCUUCAGUCAAGACGAUAAGCAGAGGAUCAGCAACGCGCUAGCAGAAGCGGAGUAA